UGGUGAGGUAAAAUUUGUGUGGCGGACCCUUUCCUCUUCGUCACCAUCAAAAUCAGAGCUUCAGAAAUGGACACAACCCAAAAUUCCACAAUCAAACAUCAAAGAAUCACAUCACACUUCACAAACCAACAAAACCCUAAUCGAACACAUCACCUCGUUAUCACCCACAAUUCCUAAUUUUCUCAAUCAACACUACACUACACACCUACCUCAUUACUUUCACAUUCCUAUGGUGCUCUGCUGACAUGACGUCAUCGUCAUUUCACUCCGUGAUCGUCAACAUGAAUCGAACUGCUUCAAUUGUACGAAUUUUAACCCCGAAACCCUAUCUAUUUGAGCUACACCGAUCCAGUAGUUUUGUUGGGAAUUGGCGGUUACCUGAACGGCGUCGUUUCGGUCUGGUUGUUGUUGCUGCUGGUGCUGAGCUCUCUAAUCCUUUCUCAGUUAAUAUUGGUUUGGAUUCUAAGGCAUACCAAUCCCACAAUUUGACACAAUUACCUUGGGUGGGUCCGCUUCCGGGAGAUAUAGCCGAAGUCGAAGCAUACUGCAGAAUUUUUAGAGCUGCUGAAAGCCUUCACAAUUCAAUAAUGGACACAUUAUGUAACCCACUCACUGGUGAAUGCAGUGUUAAUUAUGCUUUUCCUUCAGAAAACAAACCACUACUCGAAGAUAAGAUAGUCUCUGUUCUUGGUUGUAUGAUAUGCCUUCUGAAUAAAGGACGUGAAGAUCUAUUAUCUGGCCGAUCAACAAUCACGAAAGCAUUCACUGUUUUCGAUGUAGAUAUAAUGGAAGACAAGCUUCCACCGCUUGCUAUUUUCAGGCGUGAAAUGAAACGAUAUUGUGAAAGUUUACAUGUUGCUCUCGAAAUCUUUUUAACACCAGAUGAUUCUAGAAGCCGGGUCGUUUGGAGAAAACUUCAACGGCUGAAAAAUGUUUGUUACGAUUCCGGUCUUCCGCGAGAGGAUGAUUAUCCACCUCACUCGUUAUUCGCUAAUUGGGAUCCUGUUUAUAUAUCCACUUCAAAAGAAGAUAUCGGACCAAGUGAUUCUGAAGUUGCAUUUUGGAGGGGUAGCCAAUUGACGGAAGAAAGUUUGAAGUGGUUGCUUGAAAAGGGGUUUAAAACGAUCGUAGAUCUUAGAGCUGAGGGUGUGAAUGAUAUAUUCUACGAAACAGCGUUGCAAGAUGCACUUUCAUCUGGGAAAGUUGACCUGGUCAAACUCCCGGUUGAAGUCGGGAACGCACCAUCAAUUCAGCAGGUUGAGAUAUUUUCAACCUUGAUAUCCGACUCGAAUAAAAAACCGAUUUAUCUUCACAGUAAAGAAGGUGUUUGGAGAACCUCCGCAAUGGUGUCUAGAUGGAGACAAUAUAUAUCUCGUUACAGUUCACCCAAUACCAUUCGAAUUCAAGAUAACGAAGAAUCUUCAACCACAAGUAACCAGUACAAAAGCAGUAACGGGGCCCACACGGAAGUGUUGAAUAAAAGUGAUGAUGAUCAAAAUGAGGUUUCUGUUGAUCUCUGUGUAAAUCCUAUUGAAUCCCAGUUACCACCUAGAAAUAUUUUCUCCAGAAAAGAUAUGUCUGUAUUUUUAAAAAGUAAAACGUUUUCCCCUUCGACUUAUUUUACUUCUGAACACAAAAGAAUGAAGAAACAAAAUGGUUCAACAAAUGGUUCAGCAACCAAUGGGAACUUGUCUAAUUACAAAAACGUCCUUCAGAAUCAAGGUAAUUCGCGUUCCGAUUUAAAAGAAUUCAACGAUGCAGAUAGGCAAGUGACACGUGUCACACAAACAGAUAGUUUAGAGGGAUUAAGCGAUGAAGAUGCGGAAGUGAUUGAGGGAAAUAUGUGUGCUUCAACAACUGGGGUUGUAAGAAUCCAAUCAAGAAAGAAAGCAGAAAUGUUUUUAGUGAGAACGGAUGGGGUUUCUUGCACUCGAGAAAAAGUAACCGAAUCGUCGUUAGCUUUUACUCAUCCUAGCACCCAACAACAGAUGCUUAUGUGGAAAUCAUCACCCAAAACUGUGUUAUUGUUGAAGAAGCUUGGCCAAGAAUUAAUGGAAAAAGCUAAAGAGGUUGCCUCUUUCUUGUAUCACCAAGAAAAUAUGAAUGUUCUUGUAGAACCGGAGGUUCACGACGUUUUUGCAAGAAUACCUGGGUUUGGGUUUGUACAGACUUUCUACAGUCAAGAUACUAGUGAUCUUCACGAGAGGGUAGAUCUGAUUGCUUGUUUGGGGGGAGAUGGGGUCAUUCUGCAUGCAUCAAACUUGUUCAGAGGUGCUGUGCCGCCUGUUGUAUCCUUCAAUCUCGGGUCUCUUGGUUUUCUCACUUCACAUGCUUAUGAAGACUAUAAGCAGGAUUUGAAACGGGUCAUCCAUGGAAACAACACCUUGGAAAGUGUUUAUAUAACUCUUAGAAUGCGUCUUCGCUGUGAGAUAUUCAGAAACGGGAAAGCCAUGCCGGGUAAAGUUUUCGAUGUUCUAAAUGAGGUUGUGGUUGACCGCGGUUCAAACCCGUAUCUUUCCAAGGUGGAGUGCUAUGAACAUGACCGUCUGAUUACUAAGGUGCAAGGUGAUGGAGUCAUAGUAGCAACACCUACAGGAAGUACAGCUUACUCUACAUCUGCAGGAGGUUCCAUGGUACAUCCAAAUGUUCCAUGCAUGCUUUUUACUCCGAUUUGUCCACAUUCUCUCUCGUUCAGACCUGUUAUACUUCCCGAUUCUGCUCAUCUUGAGUUAAAGAUACCAGUAGAUGCACGAAGUAAUGCUUGGGUAUCAUUUGAUGGAAAGAGAAGGCAACAGCUCUCAAGGGGAGAUUCGGUGCGUAUAUGCAUGAGUCCGCAUCCACUCCCAACGGUCAACAAGUUUGACCAAACGGGGGAUUGGUUUCGCAGCUUGAUUCGAUGCCUGAAUUGGAAUGAAAGACGAGAUCAGAAGGCUCUCUGAUCUUAAUUUUGAAUCUUUUACCAAAUUGUUGUAAAUUUAGUGUACAUAUUAUACAGGUGAGUGGAAACAAAUAUAGAGGGAGCCUAGAACUUGUACGGUACAAGAUAUGAGUGCUUAUGAAUUACAAUCAUUGCUAUAAGAGAAAAUGGUUUUAACCAA